AUGACAAAAGAAAUUUUCACCGAAUGGUUGACCAAGUGGGACAAUGAACUUCGUCAUGACGUUUUAUUGCUAGUCGAUAAUUGCAUGGCUCAUGUGGUUACAGUGAAAUUCAAACAUAUUAACCUCGUAUUUUUACCCUCUAACACUACAUCAAUCAUACAACCGUGUGAUCAAGGGAUUAUACGCACUUUUAAAGCUUAUUACAGAACAGGCAUGAGAAAGAAUGUGAUCAGUGUGAUUGAUGCUAACCUGGAACAAGAAUUAUGUACCUUACGUGCUCAUGAAAUCGCCAAAAAAAUAACUGUACUUGUAGGUUUGCAUUUAGCCUACGAAGCGUGGAAUAUGGUCAGUAAAAUCACAAUACGUAAUUGUUUCCGACACGGUGGUUUCAUUCUCUGUCCAAAAGAAGUUGAAGCUGCUGUCGAGAGACCCACUGACCUAUCAACUGAACUUUAUAAUGAAUGGAUAAAUAUUGACGAAGAAGUCCAAACUACCGAACUCGUUACCGAGGAAGAUAUAUGUGGGGAAAUACAGUCAAAACGGUUUAAAGAGAAUAUGGUUGGUAAUAGCGACGAAGAGGAACCUGAUGAGAAACCACCAUCAACUAAAGAAAUGCUAGAAGCGCUUCAAAUUUUACGUAGAGGGAUUCAGCAAAGAGGCGAUUUUGACAUAUUCGAGAAACAUAAAUCUUAUGAAGAUAUGAUUAUGAAGUUGGCCGAAGAAGCGAAAAUCCAAUCAACAUUAGACGUAUUCUUAUCAAAAAAUUAA